AUGGCUCUCCACCGCAAACAGCGCGGUAUCACACACGCAGCUCCACAAUACGUGCGGAUUCCCGCUUCCAGGUCCAGCACGUGGGCGAUGAACUACUCGAUGCAAGAGACUCGCACGAGUGCUAGGCGGGUCCACGCCAAGCGUUACGCGGAAGGAGACCGGUCGCGCAAAAUUAGUUCGCUGCAACUGCGCGCGUGCUUCGUGCUGUGUGUGUUGCUGUAUUUUGGAGCUAUCUACUUUGCGGAUGACAUUGCGAGCAUUGGUCGCGUAGUGGGCUCGAAGCAGAACGGUCAGAACUUUUUUGUCCACUCGCUGAGGCCUCGUGGGAGAAAGAGCGUACGGGUUGGUAGAGCAGUUGACGCGAAUAAAGUGGGCGAGAAGAAAGUGCCAGUCCGGGAUGAAGAAGGCUCAGGAAAGGACGAAAUAGAACAACAGCAGAAGAAUGUGGUGCUGCGCGAUGUGAAACCGGAAGUUCGUAAAGUCGAGAAGACGUUGUCGGCGGCUAAAAAUGAGACUGACAAGACUGCGAAGGAGCGAGUGGCGGAGCAACACCAGAAGUUUCAACAUGAGACUGGGGUAUUAGAACAGGGUGGCGAAAGGCAAACGAGUGCUAUGCCAGAAGUUGAUGCUCGCCGCAAAAAACAGGAUGCGGACGCGAUCGGUCAAGUUGGUACGAAAGCGCCCCUCGAAUUUGUCAAAGACCUCCCGUCUGCUAAGCCAAAAACGAAAAUACGUGGUUCUGUGAAGGUGGGGUCCCACAAAGACGAAGUUACGCCGCGAAAGGAAGAGAGCGUGAACACUAUUUCACCCGCGACGGAGCAUUUGACUCAAGACCAACCUUUGUCACCACGUGCUGUGCUCUCGAAUUUGAGUGAGAUCAUGAGCGUGGAAGCAAUGUCUCGUGUGGGUGUCACCCGUGUGAAGGAGCAGCAGAUCCACGGCAGCGCUCAUGAUGAGCCAGUGCAUCUAAUUGGGCGGGAAGAAUCAGAGCGGGAUGUCUAG